AUGGGCAAGUCUGAAAAAUGUCCAUUUCCACACCUCAAGAUGGUCGAAUUUGUUGGAUUUUGUGGGCAUCCAGCAGAUUUUGAGCUUCCAAUGUACUUCAUUGGGAAUGCUGUGACGCUUGAAAAAAUAAUUAUCAACCCUCGAAAUCCACAUUCUGUGGAGAGAUCUGAAUUUAUUGUGACAGAGGGAAUGGAAGCGGCUAGAGAGCGUGCCAAGGAGCUGGAAACAAGACUACCUCCAGGAGUCGAACUGUUGUUGAGGGCUUUUUGUGAGAGGCUUUUGGUUAUGUCUAUUUGCUUUGUCUUUGCAUUGCCAGACUUCUUCCUCAUGGAGAAAGACAGAGAGCAAGAGAUGAGACCAUUGAUUUAA